GGAGUUCGCUGCAGUCUCUCCUUUCUGUCCACGGCAUUUAGCGGAAAACAUCUGACUCCUGCUCGUUUUCCGAAGCUGUGUUUGAUUUGCACUCACUUUGCAGCGGAGUCUCUGAGGCAUCACGGGAACAAAAGUCCGUGUUUGUCCGGUAGGAUUUCAGCUUUCUAACAGGCAAACAACAGGAGAAGCAUGUGUGGGUGUUGAGUCAUAUGCUCGCUUGACCUCACUGCCCCCGAACCCGGAGCUGCCGCCAGCUUUACCUCCGAUUGUCCACUUGUCCAGAGAGGCUCACUCCACAUCAUGUCUGCAGAGGUGGAAAACAGCACUCCAGUAGCUGCCGAUCCCGACCUCGCCUCCAUGACCACAGGCUCCACCAGCGCUCCCAACUCCCCAUCGACGGCCGCAUCCAGAGUCCCGUUCAAGAAAGAGAAAAAGAAAGUACCAGAGAAGACAGAUGAGUACCUGCUGGGCAGGUUCCAAGGGGAUGGCGUAAGGUACAAGGCCAAGCUGAUCGGCAUCGAUGAUGUCUCAGAGGCACGAGGAGACAAGAUGUGCCAGGACUCCAUGAUGAAACUUAAGGGUAUGGCAGUAGCUGCCCGAUCCCAAGGCAAGCACAAACAGAGGAUCUGGAUCAACAUUUCUAUGUCGGGUAUCAAGAUCAUUGAUGAGAGAUCGGGAGUGAUUGAGCAUGAACACGUGGUGAAUAAGAUCUCCUUCAUUGCCAGAGAUGUAACAGAUAACAGGGCAUUUGGAUAUGUGUGUGGAGCAGAAGGACAGCAUCAAUUCUUUGCCAUAAAGACUGCACAACAGGCUGAGCCCCUGGUCGUCGAUCUGAAAGACCUCUUCCAGGUCAUCUUCAACAUGAGGAAGAAAGAAACAGAGGCCCCGCAGAAGGGGGAAAAUGGCAGCACAGUAGUUGAGAAUGGAAAUGAUGCCGUCCUGAGUACGGCGAGUGGAGCAAAAGCUGCCCAACCAGUGGAGCAGCUUGACCUUUUUGGAGACAUGUCGACCCCUCCAGACAUCCGGGCUCCAAAUGACUCUAAUGAUAUUCUCUUGCUGGACUUUUCUGAUGAACUUGACAGCAAUCAGAAUUGCAUAAAGGGAAACCCCCUUGUUAAUUCCUGUGCCCCUGACUAUAGGGCAUCUCCCCACACAGAGAAUCCCUUUUCCUCAACUUUUGGCUACUUCCCAGCCCCAGACAGUGACCCUUUCAGAGAUGACCCCCUUUCUAAACCACCCGCUCGGCUGGCACCCGAUAAUGCACAGAUCUCCCUCACCAACCACCUCAACAGCACAACUGGCAGCACUAGUAAGACAAUUAUUAACGGUGGUUUGAAUGGAGACUCCGAACCUCUCAGUCAGCAGAUAAAUGGGUUAUCCAGUAAGACCAUGAUCCUCGCGCUCAGUAAUGGACAGUGGCCACUAGGGGGCAAAAUAACUCAGGGCAGCACGAUUACCAUGAUGGACGGAAAUGAAUCUGGACUAGUUCUCUCAACCAAAAACCCAUUUUUUGACUCCUCUUUGAAAACUUCCCCUGUCUCGAACGGCACAAGUCAUCGCCCAGAACCCCCAGUGACUCAUAGCAAGGAUUCAGUUCUCAUAAACCCGCCUCCACAGAACUCUAAGUCGGGACGAGGUCGAAGGAGUGCAAAGGCCUCAUCAAGUGACCUGUUUGGAGAAGAGCUGUUUGCUGCUCCCAGUCAGUCUGAAGGGUCAUCUGCUUCGGCUGACCUUUUCAACAGUACACCCACAAACUCUUCCUCCAUAGCCGCUCUGGGGAAUCUUCAGUUAGGUCUGCCAGCUACCACAAGUAUCCCCACUGCAACCAUGUGGGGACCCACCCCCGCUGCACCCAACAUGUUCUCCAUGCCAGGGGUGACAGUUCCAGGCCCCAGGCCGGCCUACCCUCAGCCAUCAGCCUUUGGUGGUCUACCCAUACCACCGACAGCUUGGGGCCAUCCGAUGCAGCCGCCAUUUAGCCCCCCACCUCUCUCUCCGCCCCACCUCGCUUGGAGUCAGCCCCCCGUGACCAAUCCCUUCCAACCUGGUGCCUUCCCAGGAAUGGGUGACCAGCAGGGUCCUUCACGCCCUCCUCCAAGACCACCUGCCAAGGAGGCGCCUCCAAAAGUAGAGAACAGUGCCUUCACAGCUUUGGAUCCUCUCGGAGAUAAAGAGAAGAAGACUGGAAAGGACAUGUUCAAGGACUUCCAGCUUGCCAAACCACCCGCCAUCCCAGCAAGGAAAGGGGAGCUCGUGUCCGGCUCUGCUCCAGCCUCCGGCAGCAAAGAGGCCGGGGCUUUCGAUCAGUACUUUUCCAGUAAAGUGGGCGUGGCUCAGGAUUCUGCAGAUCAUGAUGACUUCGAUAUCAAACAAAUGUCACUUGCUAAUGAUGUUCCUAAAGCAGCUCCUGCUCCAGCCGCUGCUCCAGCUCCAAACUUUAACGCCGGCCUCCUUGACGCUGCAUUCUCUUCUGCUCCCGUCUCAAACAACUCGGCACCAUCCCAGGGACAAGGCCUCAAUCAGGACAUGUUUGAUCAAGCAUUUGGAGCACCAGAUUCCAGUCCAUUUGGAGUUCCACCUGUAGCUAUGAAUGCUUCUGUUGGUCAGAGCUCUGGUUCAACAGGUGCUUUUGGGGAUGCGUUUGGAAAUCCCUUUGCUUGACUACAACCUUGUUCAUAAUUGAAAUGGAGUGAAAAGAAGAUCUUCACAUCAAAUAACACCUUUGGGAUGAGCUGCUCUGUGCAAGACAAUCUGAAUGAUGAACUUUUCUAACUCUUGUCCCUGACCCACCCGUUUUUUUUUUAACACCCUCACCUCUCAUGAUGUUUUUUUUUUUGUCUUUCCAAUCAGUAGUUCUCUUAUUCCUGACGACCACUGAUCCAAGAAGUAAAUGUUAUGUCGUGAUCUGCUGAAGAAAGAAAUGUGCUGUGUGAGAGAAGACAUGUCCAAAAGAGGUUCACUGCUGAUGCUGUCUUUGUUAAAGAAAUAAAAUAAAUCAAUCAUAACCCUGCAA